GGGCGAACGACUGGCCCUUAAAUCCGUUGCCACCACACCCGAGCAGAGUAGAGCAGAGAGGACCAUGGAGUACAUCUCCCCGCAAGCGCCUCAGCAAGGGCUUGUGCUCUGCGCUGAUUGCGGCACACCCAUCACGCCCAACAACGCCAAUCUUUGCCUCUCCUGCCUUCGCAGCUCCGUCGACAUCACCGAGGGCAUCCCCAAGCAGGCGACAGUCAACUUCUGCCGAAAUUGCGAGCGAUAUCUUAACCCGCCCACAAGCUGGGUUCCCGCGCAGCUCGAAAGCAGGGAGCUUCUGGCGAUCUGCCUCAAGAAGCUCAAGGGCCUCAAUAAGGUCCGCUUGAUCGAUGCGAGCUUCAUCUGGACUGAGCCGCACAGCAAGCGCCUGAGGGUCAAGCUCACCGUCCAGAAAGAGGUCCUCACCUCGACAAUUUUGCAGCAAAUCUUCGAGAUCGAGUACGUGGUGCAGUACGGGCAAUGUCCCGACUGUACGCGCAUGGCGGCGAAGAACACCUGGCGAGCGAUGCUGCAGGUGCGCCAAAAGGUGCCACACAAGCGCACCUUCCUCUACCUCGAGCAGGUCAUUCUCAAGCACAAUGCCCAACGCGACACUGUGUCCAUCGCAGAGAAAAAGGACGGCCUGGACUUCUACUACUCGCAGCGGGCGCACGCCGUCAAAAUGUGCGAAUUCCUCGCGUCGGUGGUGCCGAUUCGGACGCAGGCGAGCACGAGCAUCGUCUCGAUGGAUAUCCACACGAGCACGCAGAACAACAAGUUUACCUACUCGGUCGAGAUUGCGCCCAUCUGCAAGGAUGAGCUGGUCGCUCUGCCCAAGUCGAUGGCAAAGUCGCUGGGAAACAUCUCGCAGCUGCUCCUCUGCGCUCGCGUCAGCAACAGUCUGCGAUUGCUAGACCCCACCACAUUGCAGACGGCCGAUGUGACGGCGGAAAAGUACUGGCGGGACCCUUUCGAGUCUCUUUGUGCGAUUCCCGAGCUCAUCGAGUUCCUCGUCCUCGACAUCGAGCCCAGCGGGACCACCUCGGCCGAUGGGCGGUGGGCUACUGCUGAUGCCCAGGUCAGCCCUUUGAAUGCGUCGUCGUUUGGAGAGGCCGACGCGGUGUACCACACGCGCACACACCUUGGCGCGCUCCUGCAGCCUGGCGACACGGCCAUGGGCUACCAGCUCGGCUCGGCCAACUUCAACAGCACAGCAUGGGACUCGAUUCCCGAAGCGCGCCGGCCAGACGUUGUUCUCGUCAAGAAGUCGUACCCAGACACAAAGAAGAGACGCAACCGCCGCGUCUGGAAGCUCAAGAGCAUGGCCAAGGCAGAGGGCGAGGUAGAGACAGAGGGAAAGGCCGCCGUCGGCCGGAGAGGCGGACUCGAUGGGCAAAAGGUCGAAAAGGACUACGAAAUGUUCCUGCGCGAGCUCGAGGAAGACGAGGAGCUUCGGGCUGGUGUCAACCUGUACAGAGACCCAGCGGCCGAGGAGCGCAACAGGCAGAGGCGGGAGGACAAAGCCAGGUGGAAGGCUAUGCGGGCUCAGAAGCAGGCCGAAAAGGCCGCGGCGGGUCAAGACGUUAUGGACGAGGACGAUGGAGAUGCCCUUACCGACGACGGCUUCACCACCGAUGGCGAGAGCGAGAUGGGCGAUGACGAUGCGCCAGGGGUCCGUCUGGAUGAGCUUCUGGAAGACAUGGAGGAGAUGAAUAUUGAAGAGUGAUGGUGACUUCUGUACAUUACAUUCGCAUUCCCACUACAUCAUCAUCAGUCAUCAAUUCGUUAAUUUAUUCAGAACCUCGAAACAU